CACUAAAAAUCGAAGAUAAAACCAUGGAAACUGCAAGUGGAGAUUUCGACAAUUACGACCACCCAAUUCCCUCCGUAAUGUACAUCACAACGAAUAUUCCAGGGGUGGGGGUUAAUGCAGAGGACUUUGAAUCUGAAUUUACUGUUGGAUGUUCGUGUACAGAGAUAUGCGAAGAGUCUUGCUCAUGUGUGAGAGGAACUGUCAAUUACAUAAACGAUCGAUUAAAUCCUGAAAAAAAAUCAGGUUUAAUUUUAGAGUGCAAUCCAGCAUGUUCCUGUCCCCAGACCUGCAAAAACAGAUUGGUACAGAGGGGUCCCCUGGACUGUCUGGAGCCCUUCCAAACCCCUGCGAAAGGUUUUGGACUGAAAACCAAUAAAUUUGUUUCGAUAAAUCAAUUUAUCUGCGAAUAUGCAGGCGAGGUGAUUGGAAUUGACGAGGCCAAGAGGAGAAUCGAGGAGAAUAGAAUCAAAAAGGAAAUGAAUUAUAUUCUUGUAGUGUCUGAGCACGUUGGCGAUACGAAGAUGACAACUUGCAUUGAUCCAAAGGUGUUUGGAAACAUUGGAAGGUAUUCCAAUCACAGCUGUCAGCCAAGUGCUAAUCUUGUGCCUGUGAGGGUGGAGGGACUGGUUCCACGUUUGUGCUUAUUUGCGAGUCGACAUAUUGAAGGGGGUGAGGAGAUUACCUUUGAUUAUGGCGGUGGAAUUGAGGGGAAUUUGAGUGAGACUGUCUGUUUGUGCGGAUUUAGUGGCUGCAGUGGAUUUUUACCACAUCAUCCCAUUUAAAGAUAGUGUUUUCAUUUGAUUUUGAAUGAGAGAACAAAGUUUUAGGUUUUUUGCAUGAAUAAUAUAAUGUUGGGAGGAAAGGAUUUUGAGAAAGUUAUCGAGAGAGCGGAGGAUAAGGUACGAGAAAAAUUAUCUGGAUGAAUUUUUUUGAACUUUUUCGGUAUAAAUUAGUCGAGGAAUAUUGAAUUAGCAGUUUCAAGUGGGAAAUUUUUGUUAAUUAUUGAAUCAUCUUAGGAGAGAGAAAUUUCAAGACAGAAUGUCUAGGCUGUGAAAGAAAAUUAUUUUUGCGAAAUAUUCAUUUAUUUGAGAGUCAUUUCCAGAUGAGUCUGAUUGGGUUUCAAUUAUCACAAUCAUGUUGCUCUAGAGGAUGACUAUGUUGCACAUGACCUUGGAUGAAAUCCUCCAAUGAUUA